AACACCCAAAAGGGGCAGUUUCGUCCAUCCAUAUCUCUACUGUCUCCUGUCUCCGUUAAGCCCUACUCUGAGCUUUCUUUCUGAGAUCGGUCGCUCCAAAAAUGUCUGCAACCAUUCGAUCUCGUGGCCUCUGCUCCUUCAUCUCCAAGAACAACCGCCUCUUCUGCUCGAAAGUCUCCUCUUCUCCUCCCAAACCACCGCCCUCCCCCGCUUCAGUCGUUGCCGCCGAUCAAUCUCCGGCUAACCAGCCGAUCAUAUCUUCUGCUGCUCUCGUUGAUGGCCAAAAUCCACCUCCUAUUCCUCCGCCGGCGCCUCCGGCCGCCAAGAAGUCAUGGAACUUCCUCAAGUUCGGUCUCAUUGGAGCUCUCACCAUCGGCGUUGCUACCGCUGGUUACGCUUCUUAUGCAUACACACUGGAUGAAGUAGAUGAGAAGACAAAGGCUUUUCGAGCAUCUGCUAAGGAUAGCGUGGAGGAUGAUGCAUCUGCUUUUGAUAAAUUUAAAGCUUUGGCAUACACUUCUGCAGUCACAGUCCCUGCUAAAGCAAUUGAUCUCUACUUGGACAUGAGGAGAUUAAUUGAAGAACAAGUUCAUGGUUUUACUGAACCAUUAUCAGAUAAGCUGCUUCCUGAUUUGCACCCAAUGGAGCAACAUGUGUUCACACUUGUUCUCGAUCUGAAUGAGACAUUAAUAUACUCUGAUUGGAAGCGUGAUAGAGGUUGGCGAACAUUCAAAAGACCUGGAGUUGAUGCCUUCUUGGAACACCUAGCUCAGUUUUAUGAAAUUGUAGUGUAUUCGGACCAACUGAGUAUGUAUGUUGAUCCUGUUGUUGAGAGAUUGGAUAAGAAGCAGUGUAUACGACAUAGGCUAUCAAGGGCUGCGACUAGAUAUCAGGAUGGAAAACAUUACAGAGACCUCUCAAAGCUGAACAGAGAUCCUGCGAAGAUUCUUUAUGUGAGUGGCCAUGCGCUAGAAACUAGCCUUCAGCCUGAAAAUUGUGUCCAAAUUAAGCCAUGGAAGCUUGAAGAAGAUGACACGCAACUUUUGGAUCUUAUUCCUUUUCUUGAAUAUGUUGCCCGCAAUAGACCAGCUGAUAUCAGACCAGUCCUAGCAUCUUAUCAAGGACAUGAUAUUGCCAAGGAAUUCAUUGAGCGUUCUAAAGAGUAUCAGAGGCGGAUGCAAGAACAGAAGCAGCAUGGCCGUUUCUGGAGACGUUGAGAUCAGACUCCAGAGCUAUGUGAAAUAGUUGCUGGAAACUUGAGAUUUUAUUCUUUGAAGCGAAGAAACAAACGAGUAUAAAGACACUGCCCUUAGUUCAGGAAGCCAUUUUUUGGAAGUUGCAGCAAUUUUCAGCCGAGGAGCUAGUUUAAGCUGUCAAAAGACUGAUAAAAUACCUCAUUCUUCAACCAAUCCAACGAGAUACUAUUUAACAAUUUUUCCAUGUGACUAGACCAUCGUGAAAAAGACGGAUUUUGCUUAUAAUUGAAUUCUUUGUUGUUCUAUCA